ACGUCACCGAUGACGUCGCCGAUGACGUCGCCGAUGACGUCACCGCGCAAGCCCAAGGGCGCCCCCUACGUGUGCGGCCUCUGCGCCAAGGAGUUCAAGAACGGCUACAACCUGCGGCGCCACCAGGCCACGCACGGCUCCGCCCCCAAGCGCCCCGCCCGCCCCUCCCCCACCCCUGCUGCCCCUCCCCACCUCCUGCCGCCGGGGAAGGGCAGGGGGAGGAGGGGGAGGGGCAGAAGCGGGCAGGCGGGGGCGGGGAGGAAGAGCCACGCCUGCGAGACGUGCGGGAAGGCGUUCCGGGACGUUUACCACCUGAAGCGGCACCGGCUGUCGCACACGGACGAGCGGCCGUUCCAGUGCCCCGUGUGCCAGCAGCGCUUCAAGCGCAAGGACAGGAUGGCCUCGCACGUCCGCUCCCACCAGGGACACGUGCACAAGCCCUACGCCUGCGGCCACUGCGGGAAGAGCUUCUCCAGGCCGGAUCACCUGAACAGCCACGUCCGGCAGGUUCACUCCACCGAGCGGCCGUUCAAGUGCCAGGCCUGCGAGGCCGCGUUCGCCACCCGGGAGCGGCUCCGGGCUCACUCGGCCCGGCACCAGCAGAAACCGCCCGGCCCCGCCCCCCCGGGAGGCCCCGCCCCCCUCGGAGGCCGUUCCGGCUGCCCCGCCCCCACCCCCAGCCCCGCCCCCGCCCCUCCCCCACCCCUGGACGGGCCGCCGGGGGCAGCCAGGGCUGGUGAGUCCCGCCCUCCGCUGUUUUUGAUUGGUUGGCGAUUCUCCGCGCUGCGGUUUGAUUGGGUGGCGCUGCUGUCAAUCAGAUCUUGGGGUCUGUGUCCGGCUUUGCCUCGCCGCUAUUGGCUCAGCCGCUCGGUCCUGCCUCCUCCUCGUUUCUAUUGGCUGCUGCGGCACCGAGCCGCGCUCUGA